AUGAAAAAUAAAAAGCAAUUAUAUAAACAUUAUUAUGACAGAACCACAUCCAGAAGAGAUUAUUUUCAAGCAGGAGACAACGUGGUGGUGAAAGAAAAAAAAAAGCAAUGGUCACCCGUUGUAAACAAGCUGCAAGAACCUAGGCCCUAUAUUGUGGAAAAAGGAAAUGGUGAUAAAGUACGGCGAAACAGUUUUCAUUUAAGACCCUCCUUAAAUGAACCUAUGAUAAGACCUAAUGGUGUACCGGAAGAUCGACCUAUGACCAAUUUGUCUAAUUUAAGAGGUAAGGAAACUUUAAAUUAUAGCUCUGAAACCUUGCCUCAUGUUACACCGACACAUAUACAGGCAAAAAGCAAACGGCUUGUGAAAGUACCUUUGUACUUCAAAGAUUUUGAAAUGUACUGA